AAUUCCCACGAUUGCUGGGCAACACCCUAUCUUCCAGGCCACUGCACUCUAUCUAUAGAGGCUGCUUCAGCCUACCACUGCACAUGAAUUAUCUUGAAUGCCCAGGGAACCAGGCUCGAACGUGAAGGGAUGCGGGGAUGCGAAGACAUCAGAAGGUUCAAUAAAUACACAGUCCGCCCCUGCCAUCAGCCAAAACGACCUCUAUGCAGCCGUCACUCGUUCUCUCCUGAGAGGAUUAGCCCUAUACUUCAGCCGACCUGUUAGGCUCUUCCGUCCAGUGAAAAACAGCGGGUGGACUUCAUUGAAACAAGCGGCAGCCCGCGAUGGCGUGUCCCUCUCACCGAGUUAUGUGGUGAACCUUGUGCAGCAACACGGUAUAUCAGUUAUACCGCGUCAUUUUAUUCCCCCUUUAAUCAUUAAUUCUGCUCUCGGGACCAUUCUCUUCGCCACGUACUCCGCGACGAAUUCCAUUCUGACCGACCUGUAUCCUUCUGCUUCUACCAUUGCUACCUCGGCUGUUUCUGGAUCUGUCGCAGGAUUCGCGCAAGCCCUCGCCGGUGCCCCCGCGGACAACGUUCGUUCCUUGAUAGAACGUGGGGUUUACCACCCAGAGACAAGCGUGAGUGGAUGGAGGCAUGCGUGGAAAGAGGUCUUUCGGGGCACCAAGCCUCUUCAGUCAGCAGAGGCUAGCUCAAAUGUGAGAGCAAAAGAGCAAGCUCGCCAAACACACCAAGAGAUCCGGGAAGUCAGAAGCUGGGUCAAAGAUGUCAGAGAGAUGGCCGGAAGAGGGUGGGAGGGCUGGGGUUGGGGUUGCGCGAAAGAUGUUCUCGGAUUUGGACUGUUCUUUGCCACUUUUGACGUUUUCCGACGUCUUGCCUUACAAGCGUCCACGCUCGUUGACCGGCGACACACAAUAGACGACACGAAUGAUAGGAACAAGUUUUCAACCUCUGCACGCGUCGCUCAGGGGAGUGUCCUGGUUUUGGGCGGGGCGCUCGCGGGAAUUGGCUACGAAGUGAUUUGCCGUCCAAUUGACAAUGUUCGACGAGAAUUGCAUACACAACAACUUACACGAAACAGCUACCUAAAGAAAUCAUCCGUACUUCGAACUCACUACAUUCCGCCCUUGAUAUUGUUGACUAAACACAUUCUCAAAACACAAGGGCUGCGAGGUCUGUUCUCACCGCCCCAGGCUUUUCAUGUAGCGGAAACAUCCUCUAGCGUCGAAAAAUCGUUGAGCAACCCCAAGUCUUGGAGUUCACGGUUGUAUUUUGUGCUGCGCACGUUCGCUCGGGUGGGUCCAUGGGGUGUAGGCUUCCUUGUGUGGCAAGGCAUCAGUAGAGAGAUCCAGUAACACAAGUUCUCGGAUGGUCCCAAUCCGUCCCUUUCCAGCCAUCAUAAUGCCUCUCCCCUUAGAUGAUAGAAUAUGACAUACUAGCUGCUAUCUAUAGCUACAGCUACAUUGAGAAUGACCAAUAAGGUGUCUUGCGAUAAUACUACAAGAUGUAC